AUGUUCUCGGUGACACAGGAAACGGAUGAUUCGACGGCCGUGAACUUCUGCACCUAUGGAAAAUUCUUGCGAGGAGAUGGCCGACAAUUGCUGACCGUCAGCGGACGGUUUCUGCGCCUAUUUCGAGUGAAUCCGUACGCGCUCGUGCCGCCGACCAGCGAAAAUGUUGAAUGGGUGCAGCGGACGAAGCUGGAAUGCGUUUAUUCGAAUCGAUUUCUCUCCAGAAUUCAAUCGCUGGCGACGGCAAGGCUCCCCCAAUACUCCGAGGCGGACGCGAUCAUCAUGGCCUUCGACGAUGGGAAGCUCUCGAUUGUGGCGAUGCACUCGGGCACCCAGCAGUUGAUCACGAUCUCACUGCACAAUUUUGAGACCGAAGUCCUAAAAGGCGGAUACACGAAAAAUUUCGCGCCGCCGGUGGUCAGGGCUGAUCACAAUUCACGGUGCGCGGCAAUGCUUCUCUAUGGAAAGCACUUGGCGGUACUUCCAUUCCAAGAGGGCAAGGAAUUCAUUCACAGCUUUGUCCUACCAUUAUCUAAAAUCGACCCAAGGCUGGAGAACGUCGUCGAUAUGGUAUUUCUGGAGGGGUAUUACGAGCCGACGUUGAUGUUCCUCUACGAACCGCUGCAGACAACGGCCGGACGUGCGUGUGUAAGGAAUGACACGAUGUGUACAAUGGCCGUUUCGAUAAAUAUUUAUGAGAAGCAGAUCGCCGUUGUUUGGAAUCAGGCGCAGUUGCCGUUGGACAUUGACAGGAUAUAUUCCGUGCCAAAACCCCUAGGCGGUGCGCUGAUUGUGGGCGCAAAUGAAAUUAUUUAUCUGAGCCAGGCCGCUCCGCCCUGCGGCGUUUCUGUGAACUCGUGCUUUGAUGGUGGCUACACUAGAUUCCCGCUACGGGACCAAAAACAUCUUUCCGUGGCCCUCGACGCUUCGCAUACGACAUACAUUGGAGAAGGCUACUUUUUAAUAGUCUCAAAAGACGGCGAGGUUUAUUCACUCCAACUGAUCACGGAUUCUGCCUUCAACGCCAAAUCGAUGAACAUCACGAAAAUUGCCGAAUGCUCACUACCGUAUUGUAUGACGAGAUGUGCCAAGGGCCACGUCUUUCUCGGCUCCAGGCUUGGCGACUCCCAGCUACUCGAAUAUAAAUUGUCGGAGGUGGUCGUGGAAACGCUCGAAUACGAGCCCACCGAGCAGGACGAAAACGAGCAAAUGGAUGCCGAGGAUUUCGAGCUGUACGGAGAGACGACCGUUAAAACCAAGGAGGUGAGCCGCGCGACGAAGGAAUUGGUUGUUGAAUUACGCGAACUGGACCGGCUGCCAAAUGUUGGACCGAUUCGAGCGCUGACUCCAGGCUUCCCGGCCAAGCUGUCCGAGGCUUUCGAGGAACAGAAGCGCGCUGACCCCGCGAUCGACUUUGUCGCCGCCUCAGGCCAGUCGAAAGACGGUGCCCUCUGUAUUUUCCAACGUACUAUACGGCCGGAAGUGGUCACCAGCUUUUCCAUUGAAAAUGCGCAAAACAUCUGGGCGGUCGGCAGGUGUGAGGAUGACUCGCAUAAAUACGUGAUUGUGGCCAGAACUAGAUCGACGUUGGUGCUGGAAUUGGGUGGCGAGGAUAUGGUAGAGCUUGACGCUCCGCUUUUCAUCACCGAUGACCCGACCGUAGCCGCAGGCGAGCUGGCCGAUGGAGCCAUUGCUGUUCAGGUGACUCCACUCGCAAUCUGUCUCGUCGCGGAGGACCUGCAGGUGCAGCUGAUCGAGCUGGAUUCGCUACAUCCGGUGAUGACGGCCGCAUUUUGUGAUCCUUGGAUUGUUCUCCUCACCCAGGACGGGCGGCUCCUAAUUUACGCGCUCGAAAUGGAAGAAACCGGUCCUCAACUAAAACUAAACGAGCUGACCCCGGAAAUGAAAGCGGAUUUCUCGGGGAAAAUCACAGCCAUGUCGAUCUACAAAGACCUUUCCGGAUUGAUGAUUGCUGAAGAAGAGGACGAGAUUUUUGGAAGACCGAUGAAAGGAAAAGCUGCCCAAGAUGUCGAGAUGGCUGACGAUAUGGACGAUUUGUAUGGCGACAUGGAUGAAGAGGACCGUCUACUGUACGGCAUCUCCGCAGCCAAGAGCAGAGGCAGAAAACAAGCCGACGCGGCGGCGAGAAAGAAGAAACGUCUUGGAGAGGUGCAGGCGGCUUCUGGUGGAGAAGAAUCGGAUGUGAUCGAUCCGAACACUGUCGCGCCGACCUUCUGGUUCCUGGCGGCUCACGACGAUGGCCGACUGUCAAUCUACGAAUUGCCAUCAUUGCGCGUCGUUUUCCAAUGUUACAAGUUUGGCACCCAACUUCCGCUACUUGUCGACGCCACUCCGGAUGAGGUGGAGGCCCACCUGGCUGCGUUAAAAGCCCUUCAGGAAAAGGAGAAUCUGCACUCGCAUGGCCAACGGGCCGAAGAACGUGUGGCCGAGCUGUAUUUGGGCGGAAUGGGCUUCAAUCAGGGUCGGCCGACACUUUUCAUGCUCGUCGACGACUCGGUCCUUGCCUACGAGGCUUUCAGGCAUAAGAACGUCAAUCCAGGGCAUCUCUCGAUUCGAUUCCGACGGCUUCCACAGACCCUGAUUGUGCGCGCUUCGCCGUUUGUUGGCAAGGAUGGGCGAAAGGCGAAGUUGCAGCAAAGUUCCGAAGAGACGCAUCGGCAACUCUUCUAUCCGUUUGAUCGAAUCGGAAAUGUGAUGAAUGGUCUGUUUAUCGCUGGCCCGCUGCCACAUCUUUUCGUCUCAUCGCCAGCCGUGGGAUUGUUAUGCCAUUCGAUGACCAUCGACGGCGGCAUCAAGAGCUUCUCCGGCUUCAACAACUGGAACAACCCGAUGGGCUACGUCUACCUCAACCAUAAAGAUGCCGUACGAAUCUCGAAGCUGCAGCCGGAAAUGAACUACGAAGCCUCGUACCCCGUCCGAAAGCUGCCCCUCGGCCAUACACCACACUUUGUUCGCUACCUUUUCCAUGCCGAGGUGUACGCUCUGGUGCAGUCGAAGUCACAUCGCUCAGACCGAAUUUGCGUCGUGGUCAACGAGGAGCGGACGAUAGAAACGAAAUCGCGGCCCGAAACGUUUGUGCUGCCAGAGGUGGAGGAAUUCACGCUGCAGCUGAUUUCCCCUGUCGAUUGGCAGCCGAUCUACAACGCUGAAGUCAAAAUGCAGGAGAUGGAGGUUGUGACAUGCUGUGAAGAGGUGGUGAUGCGGUCGGAAUCGACGAUCACUGGUUUUGAGAACUACGUCGCAGCGGGGACUGUCUGUAAUUAUGGUGAAGAGGUGUUGAUACGAGGCCGUCUCCUACUCUACGAAAUUAUCGAAGUCAUCCCCGAGCCCGGAAAGCCCACGUCGAAUCGGCAGCUAAAGGUGCUCUACGACAAAGAACAAAAAGGCCCGGUCACGAGCAUCUGCAGCAGCAACGGAUACCUUUAUACGGGCAUGGGGCAAAAGGUCUUCAUCUGGCAAUUCCGUGAUGGACAAAUGAAUGGGAUGGCUUUCAUCGAUCUGGAUUACUACAUUCACAACCUGGUUGCCCUCAAGAAUUUCGUGUUGGCGUGUGAUGUCUAUGCCUCUGUACAUUUACUUCGAUACCAGGAGCGCUUCAAGGCCCUGUCGGUGGUGUGCAAGGAUGUGCGCAAAGAUUCGGCCCCGCCAAUGUCGUCGAGUUUUCUGAUUAAUGAUAAGCAUGCGUCGGUGGUGAUGGGCGAUGAGACCGGCAACGUUUUUGUGCUGGAGCCCAACGAUAAGGAGGGCCUCGUGGAGAAGAUGCCAGUCCGGUCCCAUUUUAAUGCAGGCACCGUUAUCAAUUCAUGGAUUCGGAUGCGGGGUCAAUCUAAUCUGUGCGCUGAUGUGGCUGACAUUGCGCAACAAAUUGACGCACAGUCGCUGUUCUACGGCAGUCUGGAUGGGUCCUUCGGCUUCAUCCGGCCAAUCAAGGAGCGCACCUUCCGACGUCUCAACUUUUUAUCGCAGAUUAUGCAAGAGGAAGUACCAUGUCCGGGAGGGCUUCACCCAAUCGGAGCACGAUCGGCUCGGCCAAUCCCUGAAAAUAGCGAACGGGUUCUCAUCGAUCUCGACUUCAUCAACCAAUUCAUGCAUCUCUCUUCGGAGGAAAAGAAGGACCUUGCCCGUAAACUCGGCGCCAACCGCUACCACAUCAUGGACGACCUGAAUCUGAUCAAGAAACUAGUCACUGUUCUU